AUGAAACUGUUCCUGGUGAUUCUUGGAGUAACCGCGGCUCUUGCUGCUCCUCAAGUUCAAUAUGAACCCAUAGUCAACGAAUAUCACAUCGAGUUCGGAAUCCCAGAAGCAGAAAGGAUCAAGGCAGCUGAGGCCGCCGAAGACUUCGAUGGCUCCAGAAUUGUUGGUGGAUCAGCUGCAAGACUUGGUCAAUUCCCGUACAUGGGUGGCUUAGUGAUCGACCUUGCCGACCGCAGACAAUCAGUAUGUGGUUCUUCCCUCAUCUCCGCUAACAGAGCUGUGACAGCUGCUCACUGCUGGCGCACAAGGAACGCCCAAGCUGUUCGUUUCACCGUCGUCCUCGGCUCCCUCCGUCUCUUCUCCGGCGGUACCAGAGUCGCCUCCAGCAACGUCAUCAUGCACGAAUCCUACAACAUGGACAACCUUAGGAACGAUGUUGCCGUAAUUGUUUUACCCAAUAUUGGAUUUAACAAUAACGUCGGAGCUAUCGGUCUUGCAUCUGGUUCUAACCAAUUCGUUGGAUCUACAGCCACCGCAGCAGGUUUCGGCAGAACCUCUGACUCCGCAGGUAUCUCGCCUAACCAAGCUUUGAGCCACGUCAACCUUAAUGUCAUCACCAACCAGGAAUGUUCCAGAGUUUACGGAACAGGCACCGUCAUUGCCUCCACCAUUUGUGUUUCUGGCGCUAACGGCCGCAGCACCUGCGGUGGUGACUCUGGUGGCCCUCUGGUGGUCAACAACCAAUUGAUUGGUAUUACAUCAUUCGGUGCCAGAGCCGGUUGCCAGAGAGGUUUCCCAGCUGGUUUUGCAAGAGUAACAUCCUUCAACUCCUGGAUCCGUGCUCGCAUGUAA